GCUAAACUUCAAUUGAGUCUCUCUCUUUCUCUCUCUCUCACUCUCGCUUUGGUGAUGAAACAAAUUAGCGGCAUCGCUGGUGGAGAUACAACGGCGAGGAAGACUAUGGCGUCACUGGGACUCAUGUGUCAGAAAGAUUUAGAUGAACAGCGUAAUAAAAUCGAUUCCUUCAUCGCUUCUCCUUUCAGGAGAUCGAUGGACUCAUUACUGGAGCGAGCUCAAGCCACUGCACAAAGCCAAGUGGAACUAGCGAAUAUGAAAGCGGAUCUGAGAGAAGCAGAGGAUGAACUCGUUAAAGUGUUGGCAGUGAAGACCCGUAAAGAGGCACGGCAAAUGGGGAUUAGGGAUUCCAUAUCUGCAACACAGUCUAGGAUUGAAGUGCUUAGAAGAAAGUUGCAGUUGCAGAAGUCAAAGAAGGAAGACUCUGCGAGAAUGAUCUCCCAACAGUUGCAAGCUUUGUCAACAUCUAAGGAUAAUGCUGGCAAAGUCACUGAAGAAAAAUCAGAUAUCCAUGAAGCCAUCUCUUGGUACAAUCAGGCUCUUGGUUUUCAUGUUGAAGCUGGACAUGGAGUUAAAUUCACAUUCACCAACAUUGAUGCAAAAAGGCCGACACGCGAAUUUUCAUUUACAGUUCACUAUGGAAAUGACAUCUACACACUAUUGGAUUGCGACCUGCAAUUGGAUGACAUCAAAGGGAUGGUUCAAGAAUUGAAUAAAACCAAUGACCUUUUCAGAUUUGUUCGUCUGAUGAGGGAGAUGUUUCUGAAAUCCACUUUAUCUGAGCUGCCAACACAUUCAGAACAUCUGCAACAGGAAACUUCUGUCAUAUCUGCUUCAGCUCCAGCUAUAUCAUUUUCCACUGAUACAAACAUUUCAACUCCAGAGAACAAGAGAUCUAAAGUUCAAGUAUAUCGGCGACAUAAAAGAGCUAGCGAUUCACCACUCCUCUCUCCAGUAUCCACGUCUGCGACUCGGCGUUCUUCUCGCCUUAAGGGUAAGAAAUGAAGGUAGAGCUCUGUUUUACUCUUCACAAGCAUCAAGGAAUACACUAGAGUGUAGGUGAUGAUGAGGGAAAUUUGGAGACUUUUGUCAACAACAAUCUGUUGUUCAAAUUAUUUAUAAUAUUUGGCUGUUGUUGUAAUCACGCUUACACACAAAUCAUAAUGUUGAUUUCUUUACCA